CUAUAGACGUGGGGAGUUCCACGGCUCAAAGCGCACAUCUCCACUGUCCGGAGCCUCACGCAAACCGGAAUCGAUUCGGAUUUUAAAGCAAUUAAGUAGUUAAUUAAGAUGACUAUUUGGAUUUAAACACAAUUAAAUGAGUUUUGGCGCAAUAAAGUGCGCGCGCGUCAAAGUGACCAUGGCGACUUUUACGCGUUGCCGCUCGUAAGUUUGGAGGCGAGAAGGGGGAAAAAAGAUGGACGAGUCACUCACCCUCUAACGCGAGAGGAGCUCCGAUGGCGGCACUUCGCAGGAAAUUCGGCGAGGACUACCAGGUGGUGAACACCAACCGGGCCGGCGCCUUCUCUGCGCCGGUGAAGAAGAAGCGGCAGCGCUUCGUGGAGAAGAAUGGCCGCUGCAACGUGCAACACGGGAACCUGGGCGGCGAGACCAGCCGCUACCUGUCGGACCUUUUCACCACCCUGGUGGACUUGAAGUGGCGCUGGAACCUGCUCAUCUUCAUCCUCACCUACACGGUGGCCUGGCUGGUGAUGGCGUUCAUGUGGUGGGUCAUCGCCUACAUCCGGGGGGACCUCAACCACGGCCACGACGCGUCCUACACGCCGUGCGUGGCCAACGUCUACAACUUCCCCUCCGCCUUCCUCUUCUUCAUCGAGACCGAGGCCACCAUCGGCUACGGGUACCGCUACAUCACGGAGAAGUGUCCGGAGGGCAUCAUCCUCUUCCUCUUCCAGUCGCUGCUGGGCUCCAUCGUGGACGCCUUCCUCAUCGGCUGCAUGUUCAUCAAGAUGUCGCAGCCCAAGAAGCGCGCCGAGACGCUGAUGUUCAGCCAGGACGCGGUGGUCUCGCAGCGGGACGGCAAGCUGUGCCUCAUGUUCCGGGUGGGCAACCUGAGGAACAGCCACAUGGUGUCCGCGCAGAUCCGCUGCAAGCUCAUCAAGUCCCGCCAGACGCCCGAAGGCGAGUUCCUGCCGCUGGACCAGUGUGAGCUGGACGUGGGCUUCGGGACGGGAGCAGACCAGCUCUUCCUGGUCUCGCCUCUCACCAUCUGCCACGAAAUCAACCCCAAGAGUCCCUUUUUCGACCUGUCCCAGCGCUCGCUGACCAACGAGCAGUUUGAGAUCGUGGUGAUCCUGGAAGGCAUCGUGGAGACCACCGGCAUGACCUGCCAGGCGAGGACCUCAUACACCGAGGAUGAGGUCCUGUGGGGCCAUCGAUUCCUGCCCGUGAUGUCCUUGGAGGAGGGCUUCUUCCGAGUGGACUACUCCCAAUUCCACAGCACAUUCGAAGUCCCCACCCCGCCUUAUAGCGUCAAAGAGCACGACGAGAAGAACUCCCUGCCUUCCCCGCUUUCCACGCCGGCGCUAACCGAGAGCCACGGCACGCGGCGCGGCCGUGUCUUCUCCGUGGAUUGCAUCAACGCGUCGGACGACAGGGGGCGUCACGGAGGCGCCGGGAGCCGGCCUCCGAGCAAACUGCAGAGGAUCAGCUCGUCCGGCAAGGAGGACCUGCAGAGAAAAGUGCUGAUGCUGACCUCGCAGCACCCGGAGAAGGCGUGCAGCACGGGCGACCUCCCGCUCAAGCUGCAGCGCCUUGGUUCGUCGUCCGGGCCCGAGGACGAGAACCGGCUGCAGCUCAAGUCUCUCAAAGUGGGUUUCGAGCCCAUGACCCAGUCCACAGGAGACCUGUACCAGCACGGCCUCACGCCCACGCCGCCCCCGGUGGCGGUCCCCGUUCGCAGCCCUCUGCUGUCGGCGGGCAGGAGGCCGGAGGACAAUUUACCCGCCAAACUUCGCAAGAUGAACGCCGAGCGCUGAUGGAGCACAGGAAGUCAACCUUGCAAAGCAGCUUGUUUGUAAAUCAAACAAUGAACUUUCCUCUCUGCUGGGACAUGUCUUUGCACAGAUGGACCCUGCACGAAAAUCAUCACUUGUUAGGAAAUCUUAGUUUUAUCUAUGAAUAAAUUAUA